AUGGAGGAAGUGGUGGUACAAAAUCUUUUUAAUGGUGCUAGAGAAGCAAUGAUUGAAGCGGCUAGAGAACUCAGUAAACUUAGUAGUAAGCAGAGGCACAAUUUGGCUGAAAGAGGUGUUAUCUCUCCUUUGAUUAUGAUGCUUCAUUCGCAAGAUUAUGAGGCCAUUGAAGCUGCUCUGUUUGCUCUCGUCUACCUUACUUUUGGCAGUGAACGAAACAAGAUCCGCAUUGUGAAAUCUGGGGCCAUACCAGUCUUGCUGAGCCUCCUUCAAUGUCAAAAUGAAGCACUGAUUGAGCUCACAUUAGCAGCAAUGUUCAUCCUCUCUUCUUGCACAGCAAACAAGCUAGCAAUCGCUUCAUCUGGGACCAUCCAGCACUUAAUACAGUUUCUCAAUGAAGGUGUUAACAACAUGAAUAGCAUUAGCAUGAAAGCCAAGCUCGACGCCAUAGCCACACUCCACAAUCUCUCAACUUGUGACCAGAUUAUUCCUUCAAUUGCCCCUUCUGGUUUAUUAUCUUCCAUCCUUCAAUUAAUCUACAACUCGGAAAAGUCAUUGGAGUUGGUUGAAAAGAUAAUGGGGCUACUUCAGCAUAUCGUUUCCUCAUCAGAAAGUGCACUUUGUGAAAUUGCUAGCACACAUGGUGUCAUUUGUGCAAUGGUUGAAACUAUGGAGGAUGGUUCUCCACAAUGCAAAGAGCAUGCAGUGGGAAUCCUCUUGCUUAUAUGCCAGAGCAAUAAAGAAAGAUAUAGAGGUUUGAUUUUAAGGGAAGGAGUGAUGCCAGGGCUACUUCAGUUGAGUGUACAUGGGACAUGGAGGGCGAAAGAUAUGGCUAGAGAAUUGUUGUUGCUUCUGAGGGAUUGCUCAAGUUAUAGUUUAAGAAAUGAACAACCAAAGGUUGAGCUUAUAGAGGCAAUCAUGCAAGAAAUUGAUGCAAGAGAGAACAUGGAUAUGACAACACUAAUAGAGAUGAUGGAAAAGUGGAAUAAUGGAAAAUAUAAGAAGAAUAGAAAAGUUGGAGUUAGGAAAAGAUUUUUGUUAUGA